AUGGCGUCAUCAUCGCCAACAAUAAUACAUGAUGGUCAUCAAUCAUUCAUUAGUGGUAGCACUGUUGAACAACAGCAGUAUGCUCAACAUUUUGAUAAUCGACGUGUACCAGAUGUUGAUAUAAUGAUUGUUGAAGGUUGUAUUCAUGAUCCAGAAACCAUAAUACCAACAUCUGUACCAGGUUUUGUACAAAUUCAAUUUGAUGGUGUUACACGUUUGGGCGCAUUAUCUGUAUUUGAAGUAAAACAUAACUCAGAUGGUGUACCAUGUUUAAAUGGUUUAAAAAUGAAACAAAAUCUAACAAGAACAGAACAACCAGUCGUAACACCACUAAAUGAAUCGACAAUCAUUGGUGAAACCAAUUCGGAAUCCGCAAGUGCAGCUAGAAAAAUACUUUCAAAUACAAUCAAUACUGACCAAUCAUUUAUGGAAAUAUUAAAUGUAAUUGAAAAACAACAACAACAGUUCAAUUUUGUGGAAAUAAAAGACAAAUAUAAAUUAUUUGGUGCACAAUUUCGAGACUUUAUAUUAACAACAUGGUUUCCAAUAUAUGAACCAGUGAUUACAAAAGACGAUGAAUAUAAUAUUAACGAUUUUAUUCACCUAGCUGGUCCAGCUUACAAUCAUCGUCUACCAAAAAUAUUACGACAACGUCUUGAAUUAAGUCUUAAUUUCUAUGAUAAACAUCAACAUUUAGGUAGUCCAAAAGUUUUUAAGAAUUAUUUUAAGUAUGGUAUUCAAGAAAUGGCAAAAGAAACUGAUCAUGUACCUUGUUUACAAUUGAAAUUUUGGCCAAAGGAUAUUCAACCAUUUCUUAAGCGUUUUGAAGUUAAUCGACCACAAUUAUAUGAAAUAAUAAUUCAAAAUUCAUCAAUGCAUGUGAUACCAAAAUGGUCAACAAAAACACCUAAAACUGACCAAGAUAUUGAAUUUCGUUAUUCAUUUUCAACUAUUGAACGUUUAUUGGCCGAACAUCGAAUUAAAAAUGAACGAAUAUUAAAUGGUAUAGCCCGUUCGAUUUAUUACAGGUAUCUAAAGGUUGUUCCAGUAAUAAUUCCAUCAUAUUUUGUCAAAACAACCGUCUUGUGGAUGUGUGAAACUCAGGAUUUAAGUGUGAUAAAUGAUCCACGUCAAAUAGCGCAUGCAUGGAUUAAAUUUGCUUGUCAACAAUUACGUCAGUAUUCCUGUCAACAUUAUUUUAUUGAUCAGCUGAAUAUUCUGGCACCAUAUUCUCAUGAACAGUUAGAUGGUGCACGCCAAAUAUUGGAAGUUGGUGUCGAUUUGGAUGAAUUAGUACAAUUUAAUAUAUUAAGUGAAAAACAACAAAUGGUUGCAGAAGACAAUCAGGAAAUGGAAGCAUUUAUUCGACAACUGAAAGUAACGCAUUUUUUUCAAGCUAUUGAAGAUUAUCGUUUAUUAAAGAAAUCUUGGGAUCAUCCUGUUAUUGAUGAGAAUAAUGAACUUUACGAAUGUUUGUUAAUUAUCAAUCGUUUAUGUUAUG